AGUCGCCGAUCGGAGCGCAGUACUGGGCAGUGCGGCAUAGGACGACGUGCUCCACAAGCCGGCAAGAUGGCAAAAGCUUACCUGCAGGGAGUUGAAAUCUCAGCCUCGCAGUUUCUGGAUAUCUUUCACCAUUACGACAAUGACGGUAAUGGAUAUAUCGAAGGAAAAGAACUGCAGAACUUCAUAAAAGAACUUCAGCAGGCUCGGAAACAGGCGGGACUGGAGCUCACAGACCAGAUGAAGGCCUUUGUGGAGGAGUACGAGAAAAACACAGAGGGAAAGAUAGACAUCGUGGAGCUGGUGCAGAUUUUACCCUUUGAAGAAAACUUCUUGUUAUUCUUCCGACAACAACUCAGGUCCUGUACAGAGUUCAUACAGGCCUGGAGAAGGUAUGACGCGGAUCACAGCGGCUACAUCGAGGCAGAAGAGCUGAAGAACUUCUUGAGGGACCUAAUGAAGAAGGCCAAGAAGCCUUAUGAUGAUAAGAAGCUGGAGGAAUACACACAGACUACACUCAAAAUAUUUGACUCCAACAAUGAUGGGAAGUUGUGCCUGGCGGAGAUGGCGAGACUGCUUCCAGAUGAGGAGAACUUCAUACUUAAGUUCCAGGGGGUCAAAAUGCCAAGAAAGGAGUUCCACAAGAUCUUUGAGUUAUACGAUAAGGAUGGAAACGGAUACAUGGAUGAAAAUGAACUGGAUGCUUUACUCAGAGACUUUUGUGAGAAAAAUAAGAAGGUCCUGGAUACUGCAAAGAUUCCCACGUACAAGACCGCCAUAAUGGCACUCUCUGACGCGGGCAAGCUCUACGAGACGGACUUAGCACUGGUCCUAUGCGCCGAUGAGAACUAAGACCCGCCCACCACCCCGGUGCCCCGCCCCAACUGCCCCCCCCCCCUCACCUCAACUCGUGGUGUGUGCAAGGAUAGCUAGAAGCUCCAAUGAUGUAGGGUGUUUAUUUUCUCUUCCUUUGAUAUCUGUAAAUUUGAAAGGUGUCUAUCGAAGUCUGACCGCUUGUACCUUUCAACCUGUAGUUUCUAUACUGUUUGUAAUGUACAGCUUUUGUAAUGAAGAGAUUGAUACAAUAUAAAAAGGACCUGCACAUUGACAUCAUACACACACACACACACACACACACACACACACAGAUAUAUAUUCUGAGAUACAUUGUAUUCCUGAAUACCAGAUAUCCGACUGUCAAAGACCAUCAGCAUCGUCCAAAUUGUUAUUCUACUCAAUGACGUUGUAGCCAAAGCAAUAAAGCGUCAACGAAAGCUAAUGAGUGCAACGUACGUGUGGAGAGGCGGCGGCAGGGAAUGUUAUACACACUAAACUGUUUGCGGUAGCUGAAUGUCUAGUUUGCAAUGCAUGCCGAGUGCUAAGGACUCACUUUCCGGAACAAUACUGAGCUAUGAGCACACACCCCUCCCCCAUAUCUCGUAGAUGACCCCCCCCCCCCAAUGGUAAUUUCUGGCAUAAUAUCAGACUUUUGCACUGUAUGGAAUGAUGUGCUUCACUAUGCUGAACACCACACUCACUGUGUGACCUGUUAUUAAUCACUUCAGUUACUACCUGAAGUUAUGGUCGUUUGUUGCAAUGUUUCUCCUGAACACGACUGAGAUUAAAUGUACUGUGUAAACAACAA